UUCAGAGUUUAAGGAAGCUUUUUCAUUAUUUGAUAAGGAUGGGGAUGGCUCUAUUACAACGAAAGAGCUUGGAAUUGUUAUGCGGUCAUUAGGUCAGAAUCCAACAGAAGCAGAAUUACAAGAUAUGGUGAACGAAGUUGAUGCAGAUGGGAAUGGAACAAUUGAUUUUCCUGAAUUUCUGGCAAUGAUGGCACGAAAAAUGAAAGAUGUCGAUUCUGAAGAAGAAAUUCGGGAAGCAUUUAAAGUAUUUGAUAAAGAUGGUAACGGAAUUAUUUCUGCAGCAGAGUUGAGACAUGUUAUGACAAAUUUGGGGGAGAAGUUGACAGAUGAGGAAGUUGAUGAAAUGAUUCGAGAAGCUGAUGUAGAUGGUGAUGGAGUUAUUGAUUAUAGUGAAUUUGUUAAGAUGAUGUUAAGUAAAUAAUUUUGUAAAGUUUUUUUGAAUAUAAAU